AAAUGUGGCGAGGUGUUUCAGGGGAGUUCCUGUUUCAGGCAUAUUUCAUAUGAAUCACCCCAACUAAGUAACGUCACCAUCCAAAGUCAUUAAAAGAAGAGACAAGGCUUCGUUUUUAAUCAGUCAUCUAAUAAACAGCGAAGACGAUAAUGGAUGGAUUUUAUUUCUUAUUGAUAGCCUUCGUCUAUGUAGGUCUAGUGUCAAGCCAGAGGGCGGACCCAUCUUCAAGACGGAAUUCUGCACUGCCCAGGGAAGACGUCCGAAAGUGCUACAAUGACUUGGAGAAGGACAGUGACAUUUCUCACUUGCUACUUGACGUCACCAGUCCCGAAAGUAUUGAUCAGUUUUGCGGUCGAAUAUCAAGGUUGAAGCAGUGCAUUGCAAAUAACGAGCACCAAAUAUCCAAUGAAGAAAAUACGGAGUAUCUCCAAAGAACCAGAGGAAUAAGCGCUUUUUACUUAAAUGUCUGUCCACCUGGUACAGACAUAACAGGAGUAUACAAAGGAAAUGCACCAUGCUUCCAGCUCAUAAAGAACAAGAUUCUCUCAUGUGGUUCUGACUUACCAGACAUGUCCAGUUACGAGAUGCUAAGCGAUCAUACUGCUCGCUGCUGUGCUCUGUCCAGACAUCGGAGAUGCAUAUUAGAAGCGACCGGAGAAAACUGCGGUAAGCCAGCAGCGGAAGUCAUGGAUCAGAUUCUGUUGAGGUACUUCAGGCACGAGCUGAAUGGUUGUCAGUCUGACAGCCACGAUGCAUGCUCAGGAAGAGAUUCAGGAACCCAUGUCACCAGCGAAGAACCUGAUAAGUAUCAUGACAAAGAUUACGAUACUACGAAGGGAGACUGGGAAUACGAUAUGACAACCGAUGAUUAUGAAAGGGACCAUAAUGAUGAUGAUUCCUCCGAUGAUAGUGAAGUUUCCUCAGCUGCAUCGAUGUCUUCCUUUUUAUCUAGUUUAUUUGUAAUGUUAUUACAUUUUGUUUUAGUGAAAUAAAAUAUUUAUAAAACUUUGA